CAAUCCGACCGACGCCAUCGCCUGAGUCGGAGGAGCUUCGCGGCAAUCGGGAUCUUUCCUUUCUCUCUCAUUUCCUAUUGCCAUUUUCAUUCUCACUGCUGACUCUCCGUGGAAAAUCCUCUGACACCCAGAGGAGUAAACCCUUCAAUUUCCUCUUCCUCUCCUCGUUCCCCCAAGAAUGCAGCGGAUUCAUGAUAAUCGGACGAGAUCAAUUCGUCCCACCACCAUUCAUGGGUUCGCCCAAUCUGGGGAUUUCCAUGCCUUCCAGAAGUUGCUUCGAGAAAAUCCUUCUCUUCUCAACGAACGAAAUCCAAUCAUGGGUCAGACACCACUUCAUGUUUCAGCUGGUUAUAACAAUGUGGAGAUUGUUAAGCUUUUGCUUAAUUGGCAAGGAUCUGAUAAAGUUGAACUCGAAGCCAAGAACAUGUAUGGAGAAACCCCUUUGCACAUGGCAACUAAGAAUGGAUGUAAUGAAGCUGCAAAAUUGCUCCUUGCCAAUGGUGCUGUAAUUGAAGCCAAGGCUAAUAAUGGAAUGACUCCAUUACACCUAGCGGUUUGGCACUCGCUUCGCGUUGAAGACCACUCAACCGUCAAGACAUUACUGGAAUAUAACGCCCUUUGCUCCGCAGAAGACAAUGAUGGCAUGACACCUCUGAAUCAUCUCUCUCAAGGCCCGGGAAACGAGAAACUAAAGAAGCUUCUAACCUCGUACCUCCAAGAACAGAGGAAACGAAAAGCUAUCGAAUUGUGUAGCGAAACAAAAGCCAAGAUAGACGAGCUUGAGAAAGAAAUCGCGAAUAUUGUCGGUCUCCAUGAUCUUAAGGUACAGCUUCGGAAAUGGGCCAAGGGCAUGUUCUUAGACGAAAGACGUCGAGCCCUUGGUCUAAAGGUCGGUCCUCGAAAGCCACCCCACAUGGCAUUCCUUGGCAAUCCCGGGACAGGAAAAACAAUGGUGGCAAGGAUCCUGGGAAAGUUACUAUAUAUGGUAGGAAUUUUACCGACAGACAAGGUGACAGAAGUUCAAAGAACUGAUUUGGUCGGGGAAUUCGUCGGCCAUACAGGACCAAAGACAAGGAAGAAGAUAAAAGAAGCCGAGGGAGGUAUUCUGUUCGUGGACGAAGCUUAUCGGUUAAUCCCAAUGCAGAAAUCCGACGAUAAGGAUUACGGGCUUGAAGCAUUGGAAGAGAUAAUGUCUGUUAUGGACAAUGGAAAAAUAGUAGUCAUAUUUGCAGGAUACAGCGAACCGAUGAAAAGGGUAAUUUCAUCAAACGAAGGUUUCUGCAGAAGGGUGACAAAGUUUUUCCAUUUCGAGGAUUUCAGUUGCGAAGAUUUGGCGAAGAUUGUUGUUAUGAAGAUGGAGAAUCAGAAGGAGGAUAGUUUAUUGCUCGGAUUCAAGUUGGAUGGUUUGUGUAAUGUGGAUACGGUCGCGAAUUUGAUUGAGAGAGUCACAUCGGAAAGGCAGCGUGGGGAGAUGAAUGGGGGUUUGAUCGAUCCGAUGCUGGUAAAUGCUCGAGAGAAUUUAGAUUUGAGGAUCGAUUUUGAUUGUAUUGAACCCGAUGAAUUGGUUACUUUAAAACUAGAAGAUUUGGAAGUUGGGCUUAAGCUGUUAUCAUCUUCUAUUAUUACAUGUAGUGAUUGAUUGAUUAUCAGAGAGUUGAGGAGAAAACAUUGUAUAAUUUGAAUGUGGGAAAUUGUAUUGUUCCAACUUAAAAUACAUUUAAUUCAAUCUGGUUGAAUCUAAAGAUGAAUUUCCCAAUCU